AUGACUCGCACGCAGCGCCGUCCGCCGUCUAACCGCUCACCGGAUACACACCCAAUAUCUGAUGAAACAACCUAUAACAUAAUCCCAUUAAACAAUUUACAAGCUGAUCACCCAUCCCUCCGUUUCCCAGAAGUGCAUGCUGCCAUCGCUGCUCUAAAGGCUGGCGAUCCUGACCUCCCAAUACCACCCUAUAUCCAACUGCAAUCCAACUAUGACCUCCUGGACUGGCUUGGCGCCUUGUUCGGAUUCCAACAUCACAAUGUGUUAAACCAGCGGGAGCACCUGGUUCUCCACCUCGCAAACGCCCAGAUGCGGCUGCAGCCACUACAGGAUAAUAUCCUCACCCUCGACCCGGCGGUGCUAAGCGGAUUUCGUGUUGAUCUGCUCAGAAACUACACGCACUGGUGCUCCUUCCUCGGCCAUAAUUCCUGCAUCCAAGGUACCAGCCGAGACCUUCUGUAUGUUGCACUCUAUCUACUCAUUUGGGGCGAGGCAGCGAAUCUACGGUUCAUGCCUGAGUGUAUCUGUUAUAUAUUUCAUCAUAUGGCUGAGGAGAUGAAUAAAAUUCUGGUUGGUUCCAUCGAUACGAACACUGGUAGGCUUGUGUUGCCCACUGUAUCUGGGGAAAACGCAUUUCUGAAUUGCAUUGUGAAACCAAUUUACUGUACUGUCAAGGCGGAGGUAGCAAACAGUAAUAACGGCACAGAACCACAUUUAAAUUGGCGGAAUUACGAUGAUAUCAACGAGUACUUUUGGAGUAGAAGAUGUUUUGAGAAUUUGAAAUGGCCUAUGGAACCUGGGAGCGAUUUCUUCGUCACAAAUAGGAAAAGAAAGAGGGUAGGGAAGAUGGGUUUCAUUGAGCAGAGAUCCUUUCUGAACCUGUUAAGAUGCUUCGAUAGGUUGUGGACUAUGUUGUUCCUCUAUCUACAGGCUGCCAUUAUUGUUGCCUGGAAAGAUCCAAACGUUCUUCCAUGGCAAUCUUUAAAAGACAAAGACGUUCAAGAAAAGCUUUUGAGUGUAUUCAUAACCUGGAGUUCCAUGAGGUUUCUGAGAGCUCUUCUUGAUGUUAUGAUGCAGUAUAAACUGGUUUCCAGAGAGGCUUUAUGGCUCGGUGCAAGAAUGGCGUUGAAGAUCAUUGUUUCGAUUGUUUGGAUAGUUGUUUUUGCCACGUUGUUUGCUAGAAUUUGGAGUCAGAAAAAGAAGGAUCUGGGUGUCUCGGAUAAUUACAUUAAGGAAGUGGUAAUUUUCAUCACGGCAGCGUUGGUGUUCAUCCUCCCACAAGUAUUAGCACAAGUCCUCUUUUUUCUUCCAGUACCUAGUUGCUUAACCCAGACUACCAACUGGAGAAUCUUUUACCUGAUAACGUGGUGGUUUCAGACUAAAGCUUUUGUGGGUCGGGGACUCAGGGAAGGUUGGAUGGAUAGGAUGAAGUAUUGUAUGUUCUGGGUUGUGGUUCUUGCCACAAAGUUCUAUUUUAGUUACUUCUUGCAGAUAAAACCAAUGAUUCAACCCACUAAAGACCUCUUACACCACCACUCCAAGGUCACAUCCGGAUGGCAACACCUCUUUUGUAAAAGCAACAGGUUUGUAGUAAGCCUUAUCUGGCUACCAGUUGUAUUGAUCUAUUUGAUGGACUUACAAAUCUGGUACUCCAUUUAUUCUUCAUUUGUGGGUGCGGGAGUUGGUUUGUUUAGCAAUUUGGGUGAGAUCCGCUACAUGCAACAACUGAGGUUGAGGUUUCAGUUUUUUGCGGGUGCAAUACGAUACAAUCUCAUGCCAGUCGAGGAGUUGGUAGCUACUAGCCACUUGAAUAUUCAAUCUCUAUGGAGCAUGGCUAGAGAUCGCGUUCAUCAAUGGUGUUUAAGGUGGUGUUGUCUUGGCAUUCCUUUGAAGAAAAUUGAAUCAAACCAAGUCCAGGCCUACAAAUUUGCCGCGAUAUGGAAUGAAAUAGUUUUGAAUUUUCGAAAAGAAGACAUUGUUAGUGACGAGGAAGUCGAGCUUCUUGAGAUGCCACAGGAUACUCAUAAUGGUAGUAGUGUCCGAAUUAGGUGGCCGUGUUUUCUGCUUUAUAAGGAGUUAUAUCUCGCUGUCUGCCAGGCAAAAGAGUUGGGUGAUGCAGGAGACGAGAGGUUAUGGCAUAAGAUUGGAAAGAAUGUGUACAGACGUUGUACCGUUUUAGAAACUUACGACAGUGUCAAGAAUCUGCUGCUCAAGUCAAUAUUAGCGGAGAGAACGCAAGAACUCUCAAUUCUCGAAAAUCUGUUUGAAGAAAUCGAUAACUCGAUUACGAACCAUAAGUUUACUAAUACGUUUAACAUGUCCGCCCUUCCCAUCAUUCAAGAGAAACUGAUCACGCUUGUCGAUCUGUUGAUCAUAAAGUCAGCCGAGAAAGAUGUUAAGAAAGUGGUUAGCACGCUAAGGGGACUUUAUGUGUUUGUCGUAAGGGAUUUCUUCAAACCUAAAGGCACCAUGGAGAAGCUAAAACAGGAUGGCUUGGAUCCCGACAGCCUAUUCCAGAAUGCGGUCAGGUUGCCCAAUCCAAACGAUGACAACUUCUUUCGGCGGGCUCGGCGGCUCCACUCAAUUCUUACAUCCCCCAACAUUCUGAACAAUAUUCCGGUAAAUAUGGAGGCCAGGAGAAGACUUGCGUUCUUCAGUAAUUCAUUGUUUAUGAACAUGCCUCACGCUCCCCGAGUUGAGAAGAUGAUGGCUUUCAGUGUCUUGACACCUUACUACAAUGAAGAUGUAGUGUACAAAAAAGAACAACUUUUAACCGAAAACGAAGAUGGUGUUUCCAUUCUUUACUAUCUGAAGACUGUGUAUGCUGAUGAAUGGGCCAACUUUUUGCAGCGAAUGAGCCCGGAAGAGCUUGUCACAGAGGAGCAGCUGUGGACUAAAAACCCUAACGAUCUUCGGCUUUGGGCAUCAUAUAGAGGCCAGACGCUUGCACGCACAGUAAGGGGAAUGAUGAACAAUUAUCGGGUACUCCAAGAGCUAAACUCGCUUGAUGCUGUAUCUGAGAAAGACAUUGGUGAAGGAGCAACGAAAUUCAUUCAUUCUAGACGUCCACGGCUUCGUCACAUACUGCAGGAGAAUUUAGAUGAUGACACUUUGACUAGAGGCCAUAAAAGUGGAAUGGAACUGAUGAAAUACACGUACGUAAUUGCCUGUCAGAUGUACGGGACCCAAAAGGCGCAAAGGGAUCCCCGUGCAGAAGAUAUUUUGUAUUUGAUGAAAGAAAACGAAGCUCUUCGCGUGGCCUUUGUUGAUGAGGUGUCCACAAAACAUGGAAUGGAGUAUUAUUCUGUUCUCGUCAAGUAUGAUUGGAAUUUGGAAAAAGAAGUUGAAAUUUAUCGGGUACGGUUACCGGGUCCUUUGAAGCUUGGCGAAGGAAAGCCCGAGAAUCAGAAUCAUGCACUCAUUUUUACUCGGGGAGAUGCGGUUCAGACCAUUGACAUGAAUCAGGACAACUAUUACGAGGAUGCCCUGAAAAUGAGGAAUUUACUUGAGGAGUUCAAAGUUACGUACGGUGUUCAUAAGCCACAAAUUUUGGGAGUUAGGGAACAUGUCUUUACGGGUUCUGUCUCUUCCCUUGCUUGGUUCAUGUCGGCUCAAGAAACAAGCUUUGUAACCUUGGGUCAGCGUGUUUUAGCAAACCCUUUGAAAAUCCGGUUUCAUUAUGGGCAUCCAGAUGUGUUUGAUAGAUUUUGGUUCUUAACUCGUGGUGGAAUCAGUAAAGCAUCAAGACCAAUCAACUUAAGCGAGGACAUUUUUGCUGGUUUUAACUGCACCUUAAGAGGGGGAAACGUGACUCACCAUGAGUACAUACAAGUCGGAAAAGGAAGGGAUGUCGGGUUAAACCAAGUAUCCAUGUUCGAAGCAAAAGUUGCAAGCGGGAACGGCGAGCAACUUCUUAGUAGAGACGUUUACAGAUUGGGCCAUAUGCUCGAUUUUUUCAGAAUGCUUUCGUUUUUCUACACAACAGUUGGGUUCUUUUUCAACACCAUGAUGGUUACGUUAGCCGUAUAUGCGUUUUUGUGGGGUCAGUUAUAUCUUGCGUUGACUGGGAUGGAGAAUGUUGUAGAGGGCAAUUCUAGCACAACCAACGCUUUGACUACCGUUCUAAACCAGCAGUUUCUUGUGCAGCUUGGUCUUCUCAGUGUCUUGCCCAUGAUCUUCGAAAACACUCUUGAGUUCGGAUUUCUUACAGCCUUAUGGGAUUUCAUAAUAAUGCAGCUACAACUUUCGUCUGUAUUCUACACAUUCUCUGUCGGAACUCGUUCUCAUUACUUUGGUCGAACAAUCCUUCACGGUGGAGCAAAAUACCGUGCCACAGGGCGUGGCUUUGUGGUGCAUCACACCAGUUUCGCUGACAACUACAGACUCUACGCUCGUAGUCAUUUCAUAAAGGCGAUUGAACUUGGUUUGAUCCUAAUCGUUUAUGUUGUGUAUAGCCCUGUUACUAAAGGAACACUUGCCUACACUGCGUUGACCCUUUCAAGUUGGUUCCUUGUGGUUUCAUGGAUCAUGGCACCAUUUGUAUUCAACCCUUCUGGGUUCGAUUGGUUAAAAACAGUUAAUGAUUAUUACGACUUCAUGAACUGGAUACAGUUUCGAGGAAUAGUGUUUGAAAACCCUGAACAGAGCUGGGAAAAGUGGUGGUAUGAGGAACAAGAUCAUCUGAGAACAACUGGUGUAUAUGGAAAGUGUUUGGAGAUUAUUUUGGAUUUACGGUUUUUCUAUUUCCAGUAUGGAAUGGUUUAUAAGUUGGGUAUUGCUGCCGGUAGCAAAAAGAUUGAUGCCUACUUACUUUCCUGGAUCUACAUGGUUGUGGUUCUUGUGGCCCAUUUGAUUAUUGUAUAUCAUUGUAAAAAGUAUUCUGCGAGAGAACAUACCUACUAUCGGUUGAUUCAGUUCGCUGUUAGUGUUCUUGGAAUACUUAUAAUAAUUGUUCUUAUGGUGUUCACACAGUUCAAGCUUCUUGAUCUGUUAACGAGUUUGUUGGUCUUCCUUCCCACUGGGUGGGGUGUUCUUUUGAUUGCCCAAUUGUUCCGAACCAUUUUGGAGAAAGCUAAGUUGUGGGAGACUGUUGUCUCGAUUGCUCGCAUGUACGAUAUGAUGUUUGGGAUGAUUGUUUUGGCACCGGUGGCUGCUUUAUCAUGGUUUCCGGGGUCACAGUCGAUGCAAACCAGAAUCCUUUUCAAUGAAGCAUUUAGUAGGGGUUUGGGAUAUGCGAAAUGGUUGUUGAAAGGGAAACCAAAACUUAAACAACGAUUCCAGGAUUGAUGCAUCUUUUAUAUUGUGUGACGACUUUUGUGUUUGUCUUGUCGGGCAAUAUGGCAUUCCUUCUAUGUUUUGCAUUAUUAUAUGUCAAAGUGUGCUUGUGUUUGUAAAAUAAUUAACAUCUGAUUUCAUGAAAAUGUUAGUACUUUAGAAGAUCAAAACUAAAGUUAUCUGUUAAUUAUUAUUCUGAUUGUUUUAUGUAAUUUGAGGUUUUCUUUCAUCUCCCUCCUACUAAAAUUAAUGGGUGGUGACUGGUGAGCAUAGCAUGGUUCCUGCCAUACUACCUUUACUUGCUGGUAGCCACCUCCAAAUGCUGAGCAAAGGCCAUCCAUAGCUGAAGCUUUCAAAACAUAUGCAGUAGCAUGACUCCAUUAUUUCCAAGCCACAUGCAAGUCUUGCU